AUGUCGCAAGCUUCUGCAUCAACCGUUCGUGAAGGGUUUGAGCUAGAUUGCAUGAGAGUGUUAGCUUCGCACAUUGGAAUUCCUGUUGCAGAAGACAAUGGGAGCGAGUCGGACUAUGCGAUAGAAAUCGUGCCCUUGCUAUCUCGGAAAACAGAUAUUACCCUGAAGCUUUUUGCAAGUGUUAUCAUUCAAAUACUUACAACAAGAGAGGCAAUUGUAUGGUCGCCAGAUAGGACGAGGCACAGGGAGAUUUUCUUCAAGCAUCUCCAUGAAAGCACAGGCGAUUUGGUGCAAUCCUUCCACGAAUAUGCCAAUGAGAUUAAAAAUUACCCGUCAGGUACAUUGGGAUUACGGCUAGAGAGAAAUGUUACUCCUACGCCUUCUUGCUACCUUCUUCAAUCUGUUAGUAUCGACUCAAAAGUGUUGGCAGAGGGCAGCAUUUUGGCUGUGCCAGGAUGCAAUAAUUUGAGUAUUAUACACACCGUGGAUCGUUUAUCAACACGGUCUUUCAGAUAUAUUGAAGUUCCUCUUGAGUUCAUCCGAUGGACUAGAUACACCCCAAAUCCUACGGAAGAACAUGCGACCCGUUUGGACCUGUUCUAUGAGAAAUCGAAGUUUAUACUGAUCGACGGGAAGAUACAAUAUCUUGAUGACGUGGUGUUCAGUCUAUUAUCCAGCAGUGAUCUCACGGCACUACAUACCGAAAUUCAGAAGACAGGCAGCUCGGCGACACCAGGCUCGGUUGCUAGGAAACCAUCGUCAAUUUUGCUUCGCCUUGACCAUGCGGAUAAUGUUCAUGAAUGCAGUACUGAAGGAGGAGAGAAUGCAACGAGCGAAAAAGAAAUCAGCCGAAGGGACCAUGACGACUACAUCAAUACCCAAACUAUGUCUUUUCGAAAAGGAUCGGACCUGUUUACUAGGAAUACCAGAGCCCCGCUACCUAGGACCCGGGACUCACUGAUUUUUCAUCUGCAGCAUACACAAAAGGAGUUUGACACACCGAGCUCGAGAGCUGCUGCUGACUGGGCCAAAGACUUUCGGCUAAAUGCUCGUGAUGCGGGCAACGAGGACUCCAAGGACGGAGGAUCUAGUUAUAUACUGUCAUCACCGAGUAACUUGAGGCAGAGAAAUCUUGAUACUGCCACAUCUCCUGGGAAGCGCAGGAGCUUAGCGGGAAAAAUCCCGAGCAUCGAACUAGACGAAGAGAUAGUCGGCGAAAGAGCUGGAGGCAGGGGUCAACAGAUCGGGGGAAAACUUGCUGCAGCCUUCCAGAAAGCCGAGCCACUACGGACGGAACGUGAGGCCACGCCAAAGAGUGUAAUAGAGAUCGAAAUUCCCGACAGCCAAGAACGUGACCCGAGCAUGCACGAAAUGGACUAUGAACCGAAUGCGGAGAACUUAGUCGAAGGUUCAGACAAGAAAAGCGACAAUAUUAUAAAAGACGGACGUUCAAAAAAUGACACGAGAAAUGGCGGGCAAACUUUCCCCGAUGACUUGGAGGCAAGCUUAAGGAAGGCCAUAGUGGAUAGCAAUGGAAGCCCUAGGCUGAUGUCCCGAGUAAGGUCAAAAGGUAUAGGGCAAAGCGAGGACCAGCCGGCCACGGACAAGACACCCAGGGUUGAACCUCGCAAGACGAAAAACCCCUUCAAGUCAUUUGACGAUGAAUCCGGAUAUGAUGCAAGCAGCGAAGAACUCUCGGAUGGGAUGCCUGAUUCCGAUGGUGAUUUUGGUCGGUCAACUACCAGCCAAAAACCAGCAAUUAAUCGCAAUUGGACACCAAUACUUGAUGCAAAGACAGUCAAGAUUGACUACGAUAGUAGGGUACCAAGAUGGGCAUACUAUUCUGAAUCCGAGCGCCCGGUCUUCUCUUCGAGGUGCCCCAGCAUCGGGGUACCAAGAAAGCAACAUGGCGAGAAACUUGCGAGAACGAAUCUUGUCGAGCCUAAGAACCAACCGGACUUUCUGACAUGUCUAAGAGAGCCUAUACACUGCACUUGUCUAACACAUUCCAGCAUGCAGACCAAGAGCAACAGCAGGCUCCGAGGAGCAGAUGCUAGCCUAGAGCAAGGUGAUCGGGAGACUGAGCAAUACCAACGAACACACGAGAGACAGCCCUAUGAAUUGACUAGCGACUUGGAUGGGGAGAUUUUGACAAAUUCCAGUGUUGGUACUAAACAACGAUCGAACGAUAUCAGCCAGGGCAAAUCGCUUCUAGCUCUUCAAGAGAGUGCUAAGAAGAUGUCGAUGAAAACAAAGAGGCAUCUGGCUCGUCAAUUAGAGAAUGAACGGGAGGUAGCCGGCCAAGUUUUAGAGCAGUAUCGUCGGGAUUGCAAUCAUGUUCUUGAUCAGCUUCUCGAAGGGCAGGAGGAACGGAUCCGAGUUUGCGAGGAACAGAUGAAUACCAUUCAGAAGCAACAUAAGGAAACCUGCGAAUCCCUGAUCCAUCGUCUGAAGGAGGACGAGCUACGAAUUCGCAAGAGAACAUCCAUGCAUGUGACUCAGGGUCUGGAAAAAAGGGGUCGAAAGCGGAGGAGAGUUAAUUCGCCGGGGCGCCGGACAAGCUCGGCGGAUAUUGGCAUGGCUUCGGAUAUCUCUAAACGGAUAGUUCAGUUCUUCAUUGAGAACCCCAAUGUGGGGGAUCAAGCCAGUCUUGAAGAUUCGAGAAUUCGAGGAUACAAUCCUCUGACACCCCCCAACCUCCUCCAACAUGAGAUCGCAUUGACGGAGACCUCUCGGAAAACGGUCAUGGAGGGCCGUGAGGAGGCCAUCGCUGUCGUUCACGGUACGGAUACUGACAAGCGUCGCCUGAUGGUCGUCAUCGGACCAUGCUCUAUCCACGACCCCGAAAUGGCCCUCGAGUACUGCGACCGUCUGUUGAAGAUGAAGGAGAAAUACAAGGACGAGCUAUUGAUCGUCAUGCGAUCCUACCUGGAGAAGCCCCGUACUACCGUUGGAUGGAAGGGUCUCAUCAACGAUCCGGACAUCGACAACAGUUUCAAGAUCAACAAGGGUCUGCGGACCUCGCGUCAGCUUUUCGUUGACCUGACCAACAAGGGAAUGCCCAUUGCGAGUGAGAUGCUGGAUACUAUCUCGCCUCAGUUCCUGGCCGACUGUCUCUCCGUUGGUGCGGUUGGUGCGCGCACCACCGAGUCGCAGGUCCACCGGGAAUUGGCUUCGGGUCUCUCCUUCCCUGUCGGAUUCAAGAACGGCACCGACGGCUCUCUGGACGUCGCGGUGGAUGCCAUUGGGUCUGUGAAGCACCCUCAUCACUUCCUUUCCGUCACUAAGCCGGGUGUCGUCGCUAUUGUCGGCACUGUCGGCAACCCUGACUGCUUCGUCAUCCUUCGCGGUGGAAAGAAGGGCCCCAACUACAACGCGCAGAGCAUUGCCGAGGCCAAGGCCAAGCUCACCUCGCAGGGAAUGGAGCCCCGCCUGAUGGUCGAUUGCAGCCACGGCAAUUCCGAGAAGAACCACAAGAACCAGCCCAAGGUGGCUGCCACUCUUGCCGAGCAGAUUGCUGCUGGCGAGACCGCAAUCAUGGGUGUUAUGAUCGAGAGCAACAUCAACGAGGGCAACCAGAAGGUGCCGCCCGAGGGCAAGGCCGGUCUCAAGUACGGAGUCAGCAUUACGGAUGCUUGCAUCCACUGGGAGGACACCGAGUCUGUGCUGGAGAAUUUGGCGCAGGCCGUGCGAGCUCGCCGAGAGAAACUGGCCGCCUAA